AUGUCUUUCACGGAGACAGUUCGUCUGAAAGUAUACUGGAAUACUACUUAUACAACUGAACCUGAUGGGACUAUCACGGAUAUUGGUGCCAGCACUAGUGGUGGAAGAACAGUUGAAGACAAUGAAGAUGGAGAUGAAGAUGAAGAUAAAGAUGAAGAUGCAGAUGAAGAUGAAGAUGGCGGGGGUGUCGAAAGCAGUGAUGAUGAGUACGUCCCAUCGGAUGAGGACUCAGAUGACGACACUGAUUUUGAGUCAUCUUCUUCAGUCCCAUAUCUUUUCGACGACAUAAGUGGAUGGAACAAGACUUUAGAGGAAGUAGAUUGUGAUGGGAUUAAAAUGUGGGAUGGCAAUCCGUUGACGCUAGGCCUUGAUAUACAUUUCGCCAACAAGCCUGAGGCACAAGCGGCAGUGGGAGAAUGGAACUUGGUACAUGGUCAGAAUUUCCGGGUGAAAACGAGCUCUAAACGAACAUGGUAUGUCGAAUGCGAGACCUGUGGACCCAAAUAUCCGAAAGAGCGUCUUCACGACUAUGAUUGCCUGUGGAAGGCGCGAGUUUCGCUACAGAAGGCCACCGAUACUUGGAAAAUGGUGGCAAACAUUGAUAUGAUCCAAAAAUGUCAGAAUGUUCUACCUCCUAAGCCAAUGAAACUGUAUGAAGAGGCCCGGAAGAAAUCAUUGAGGCAAAAGGUCAACCAGUUUAGCAAGAGAAACCAGAAGUACGAAGUGGUUACAAUAGCACCUGAUAAUCAACCAUGGAAGGCUGAGGAGAAGCAAGUUGUGCUCUAUGCAAAUCGAGAGUGCACUUGCGGAAGGUGGCAGACUUUCAGAUUUCAUUGUUCCCAUGCACUUCGAGUUGCCCGUGAGCUAGGUGACGACCCCUUCCCACUUUUUGAUCCAUGUUACACUACGCAGCAAUGGUACCAGCAAUUUUCUGGAGAAUUCAACCCAAUCAUGGAACCAUGGCCAAAGACAACGUGGCAGAUCAGGCCAGAUGACACUAAACUUGUCCACCAUGCUGGCCGGGGUCGGAAGCGUGUGAAUUGGAAAAAAGGUGUGAUGGAUUAUACAAGCAAAUCUGGCCAGCGAAGACUCCAAACUUGCAGUUUAUGUAAGCUACAGGGCCAUAAUGCCAGGGCUUGCCCAUAUGCGAGAGUUUGCGCACGAUGUGGAAGUUUAGAUCAUGAUGCUGUGGAAUGCCCUUUUUCUCAUCCACCUGCUGACAGGACCACUAUUGAUAAACUGUACGAUCCAUAUGGAAUUCGUGGUGUGCUUAAUAUCAAUUCUGAUGAUUCUGAUGAUGCCAUGUCCAAGUCAUCUCUGGCCGCUUCUGCCAAGGCUAUUACCGGCUGUGUGAUUCUUCUUCAGCUCUGGGCCUGGGAGCGGAUUUUGACGGUUCAGCCCAAGAUACUGGGUGGGGAGCUCGAUCUAUCUCAUUGUCCAUUGGGCACGAGGUGGUCCUGUGAGAAAAAAGUUCCAGGUAUCACGCGGUUCAAUUUGGCCGCGUACCGGGAUCAGCUUGCAGUUCUCACAGAGUCUGAUUUUGUAUGGAUGCCGUACACGACUCUUCUGGGUCGUAUUGCCAGGGUUUGUCUUGUAGGACAGGGCAUAUGGCGAUCUCAGACAUGGCUCAUCUGCGGUGAUGUCGUUGCGCCACACAACCCCUAUAGGGUAUUUCGCCAAUUUGGUUAUCACCAGCGGAUACCCGGCGACGCAUUACUUCUCACUGCGGCAGAAAUUACUAGCCUGCUCAAGAGGAAGCCGUUUGGAGGAUCCGAUAGGAGAUGGAUACAACAACUAGGGAUAUAUCUCCAGGUUUGGAAUGAUCGCCACGGCCGACUUGUGGGGAUUGAUGAUGAUUAUGUUGGCGAGCCUUCUGCAGAUCCGGAGUAUCUCUUGUGGUACCAUCAGGUUACUGUGAAGUAUGUUGCAGAUCCGACGAACUCUGAAAAUGCGAGGGGUUUUCACGGCUCUGCAGAGACCUUGCGCCUCAUGGCCACAUUGAUGGAGGACGUUCGUAGUCUGAGUAUUAUAGGCCAGCGUACUUUCGACGCGUACUCCUUUGGUUAUGAUCGCUUAGGCGAGAUUGCCCAGGUUGCUGAGCGGGCAUUGUCCGUCAAUGCAAUGAAUAUUGUACGUCACGAUCUCGAUAGGCAUGUUGAGGUUAAUGACAUUUUGAGUCAAGAACUUGCACCUGUAGACCCGACUCAGCAACAUCCACCACCCAGACCUCCGAGGCGUUCGCGCAGGUCUCAGCGUGGGCGUGGGGGGCAAGAGACAAUCACAUCCACUCAGCCACAUCAGUCCUCCCAGCAUCAGCAGUCUCAUAUUCCUUUCACUGGCGGUUCAUCCCAUCACUCUCCACACCAGUCUCCACUCCAUUCUCGACAGCAUUCAUCCCAUCAGUCUACACAUCAUUCUCCACAUCAUUCAUCCCAUCAGUCUCCACAUCAUUCUCCACAUCAUUCAUCCCAUCAGUCUCCACAUCAUUCUUCGCCGACCCAACAGGCGUUUUACCGUCCGAUUAUGUCUCCCCAGCACCAGCAGUCCCAUUUUGCCUUCACUCAGUUUUCCUCCCCUCAGACUUCUCAGCGUCAGUUUGGAGAUUCUUUUAUUGACUUUUCUGGGUUUCAGCAGAGUUUGCUAGAUGGCCAGUCAAUACAUUACACGAGUAACUUUCUUUCGAGUAUGUUCGAGGGUGUUGCGGGUCAGCAUCAGGCUGAUGAACCAGCUGGAGGUGAGCGUGAGAGUCAGGGUGAAGAUGAGGCUGAGGAUGAGGCUGAGGAUGAGGCUGAGGAUGCAGACCAGGAUGAUCAUUUUGAGGGUCAGGGUUAUCAGCGCCAUGAGGAGCAGGGAUCGAGUCAGACUCUAGGGACUCCACCGUUGGCUGUGAGUAAAGGCCAGAGAGUGACGAAGGAGCCCGAUAGAUUGACUUAUAGCCUUUUUCAGGCUAAAAAGCCCAAGAAGAAGUAG